CUCUCUUCUCCUCCUCUCCCCCUCCUCUCCCUCUCCCCCUUCUCUUCUCUCCCUCUCCCUCUCCAUCCACCCCACUUGUGAGAGCUGCACGGAUGUAAAGUUCAUGUCCAGGCGGAGGCUCGCGGUGCGGACCGCAAACCGGGAGGAUGACGCAGAGCAGGUCUGCACGGAGGGACUACUUUAUUUGAUGAGGGACCAAAGGGAACGGGAGGACAAACAAAGACGCGGGGCGCCGGGCCUGCUGACAGGAUGUCCCGUGGACCGUUUGGUGCCUCACACGCAUGAACGUCUUUAAGUGGGAGAGACGGUGCGUGGCAGUGGACUACAAGCGCUCUCUGUCUGGACUUGAGACACACAGGAUCCUCCUAAAAGUUGAGAUGUAUUGAGGACACGUGCCAAAAGGGACCCGCUGCCAGUAAGCCAUGGAAUCGAGUGGCCCGUAAACUGGAUUUUAAACUUGACUGAGAUGUUCUCUGAGCUCAGACGCUCGCAACCAAAUUGAAGGGAAAUCACAGAACCUUUCCGCCACCAUGAGUAUGGGAAAACUGCCGGGGAUUAAAGGCCUCGUGUCCGGCUCUCAGGGGAAACGUCGCUUCAAGAGCGAACUCUCAGUGGACAUGAUCGGCCCGCCGCUGGCCGACUUCCGGCACACUAUGCACGUUGGCCGCGGCGGGGAGGUGUUUGGUGACACGUCCUUCCUCAGCAGCUACGGGGGCGUCGGGGAGCCAGGAAGUCCAGAUUCGGCCAGCUCCAGGACAAGCAGGUUUUUCACGCGCACCUUUGGGCAUGUGCGGAAAAACUCCGUGCCACGGCCGAGGGGGGGCUCCCGCGACUUGUCGUCCGCGCCGCCGGACGUCUCACCCAUCAUCAAGAACGCCAUCUCCCUGCCCCAGCUAAACGUGGACUCCCCUAACGGGUGCCUCCAGCGGGUGCUGUUCUCCAGCUCCAUCAGCUCAACGGACGAGUCCCUCUGCACAUAUGGUCUGCAGUCUGGGUUUGUAACUCUGCCCCGCCUCUCUCGCCUCGACAGACAGUUUCAAGAUGGAGACCUCAACAAUGGCUCUUUAGCAGAAAGCGGAGGCCUCAAAAUGACCCGCUCAGACUCCCUCUCCUCGUUCACCGUGGACCUCGGCCCGUCCCUUAUGACUGAGGUACUGAGCUUGAUUGACAACCAGAGCUGCUUUCAGAAGUUCAACUCCAGACACACAGCAUGUGAGGAAGAGGCUGCAGAGGAAGAGGAAGAAGACAACGACAGCUCUCUGACAGAAACGCCCGUGCAGACCUCUGGGCCGACUUCGCCCAACCCCUCUAUGGGCAGUGGGUCCUACAUCAGGGCCGGGAACUCUGGGACGGGGUCCCCGAGGACACCGAACGAGUGCGCCGGGUCUCCUCAGAGAGUCGAGCCUGCGAUUGAGGCCGAAAGGUUCCAGAGGGCAGCUGACGUGCUGGCUCGUCAUUACGGCGGAGGGUCCUUCACAAAGGGAACGAGGAAGAGCGACGACACAGCGUCUCCUGCACCUUCCCAAAGCCGCAAAACCCCACAUGCCUUUACCGAGGAGGAGGAAGAGAUUAAAGUUUAGACGGUGAAAGUAUCCCUGAAGGAGAGCUGUGACUCUAUUGACCUGAUAAAGCUGUGGAGGCCUCUGGUGGCCUGAGGCCAGGAUUCAUGUGAUUCUGAUCAAAGACCAGAUCCUGCUACUGAUUCCUGAACCUGACCUUUGACCUUCCCCCUGUCUGCACUAUGUUCCUGCCAUGCUUUUAUAGAUUAUAAACACCUUUUUAAUAACACAAUUAAUUAUUAAUUACUUUUGAAAUUGAUCAAUAACAAAGAUUUAUAAGUGACUGAAAUGUGUCCCACCUGUAGUAAUUAUACUAAGAACAGCUGACUGACUGAAAAAAUAUGUAUUUUGAAUGGAUGUUCAUUUUUUCACACAGUACGUAAUCACUUAUUAUAUGCAUGACGUUCAACAUCAGAGCGUAUUCUACAUAAAUAAAGAUUUACAGGUGCAAUGGUAGCCUGAAAUUGUC